CGCAGCUUGUUGGCUCGCUAUAUAAAGGGGAGAAGCAGGCGGACCGGACGGCUGGAGCUGCAGCCGGUGGCGGCAGCGGCGGCGCGGGGAGCGGCGACCGGUGUUGGUUUCCCUCCUUGGCGCGGGGUGGGGAGCGGGCAACGCCCCCCGAACCCCUGAAGGGUCGUGGCUUUUUUUAAAGGCGAUUCUCCAGGUUUUUAGCCCGGGAGGAGUACCCCCCUCCUCCUAAUCUCACCGCUACCCUUACUCCUUCAGGAUCGAUUUUGUUUUAAAUUUUUGCCCCAGUCUUGCGGUGGCUUGGGCCACCUUCCAGGUCUUCGUUUGUUUCUUUUUUUUUUUUUUGGUUUUGUUUUCUUUUCUCGAGGUUGCCCCCCUCUUGUUUGUGUUGUGUGUGGAAAUGGCGAACUCGGCAAACACAAACACCGUGCCUAAAUUAUAUAGAUCUGUGAUUGAAGAUGUUAUUAAUGAUGUGAGAGACAUCUUUUUGGAUGAUGGAGUGGAUGAACAAGUCCUGAUGGAACUAAAAACUUUAUGGGAGAAUAAACUAAUGCAGUCUAGGGCAGUAGAUGGAUUUCAUUCAGAAGAGCAACAGCUUUUAUUGCAAGUUCAACAGCAGCAUCAACCUCAGCAGCAGCAACACCACCACCACCACCACCAUCAGCAAACUCAACCUCAGCAGACAGUACCUCAGCAAGCACAGACCCAGCAGGUUCUUAUUCCUGCAUCACAGCAAGCCACAGCACCACAAGUUAUUGUUCCCGAUUCAAAGCUUAUACAGCAUAUGAAUGCAUCAAACAUGAGUGCUGCUGCUACAGCUGCUACCUUGGCACUCCCUGCAGGUGUGACUCCUGUUCAACAGAUAUUAACAAAUUCAGGCCAGCUUCUUCAGGUGGUCAGAGCAGCCAAUGGUGCCCAAUAUAUCUUUCAGCCUCAGCAGUCAGUGGUUCUACAACAGCAGGUUAUUCCACAAAUGCAGCCUGGUGGAGUACAAGCUCCUGUUAUACAACAGGUUCUUGCCCCUCUUCCUGGAGGGAUUACACCACAGACUGGUGUUAUCAUCCAGCCUCAGCAAAUAUUAUUUACAGGAAAUAAGACUCAAGUUAUACCUACAACAGUGGCAGCGCCCACACCAGCACAAGCACAGAUAACUGCAGCUGGCCAGCAGCAACCACAGGCCCAGCCUGCUCAACAGCAAGCUCCAUUGGUAUUACAAGUUGAUGGAACUGGGGAUACCUCAUCUGAAGAAGAUGAAGACGAAGAAGAAGACUAUGAUGAUGAUGAAGAGGAGGAUAAAGAGAAAGAUGGAGCUGAAGAUGGACAGGUAGAAGAAGAACCCCUCAAUAGUGAAGAUGAUGUGAGUGAUGAGGAAGGACAGGAACUCUUUGACACAGAAAAUGUUGUUGUAUGCCAAUAUGAUAAGAUACACAGAAGUAAAAACAAAUGGAAAUUUCAUCUCAAGGAUGGUAUUAUGAAUCUUAAUGGAAGAGAUUAUAUAUUUUCCAAAGCCAUUGGAGAUGCUGAAUGGUGAAGAGUUGCUUCUUUCUUUUAUAAAUAAAAGAAACUUUAAAAAAAAUUUAAAGUGAACAGUUUGAAACUUGGGACAAACACCAACCAAAACUUCAUUUCUGCAUGUCAGAAAAGUGCAGUAGAAGCAAAGCUACUGGAACAAAGAUAGACCUUGACAACAUAGACACUACUUCUAACUGGCAAGCCAUGGAACUGUAGCACCUGGGGUUGUUGGGGUGGGGGGGUUGGGGUUUUGUGUAGGAAAACCAUAAUUGUCAAUUUUAAAUACAGGAACUUGCCACCGGUAAUUAGCAUGUAAAGCUUUGUCUCUAUUCCUUCCUCCAACUUGGGCUCAAUCAGAAGAUUCUUGUUGGAAUGAACUGAAGAAACUGCCCUUUUGAUAGAUUGAACUGAAACUGCUUAUUGUAUGUGGUUAUAUUUGGUAAAAAUUUCGUGUGAGCUUUUUACAAAAGGGUAAGAAUUAUGGUGUUGAAUUUUAAUUCACUUGUAUAAGAAAACAAUUUAAAAUUCUCAUAAUAGGUCUUAAAUAUUUUUACUUGUUAUUUUCCCUUGGUAAUAUAUAACUCUUCCUUCCCUGCUUUAUGAAACAUCUAAGAUAUAAGGAAGUAAUCAGUAAUCACAGUUUGGAGACAAAAUUGACCCAGGAAUGGAUAUUUAUUUUAAUUAGGUUUUCAUACUUAUUAAAUGUAAUUUAAAGACUUGGGUCUUAUCUGAAUUGUGUGGAAUUAAAAUGACAACUUCAAUUUCCUUACAGAAAAACUGUAACCCUUUAAAAAGAAAUUCCAAAUUGGCUCCUCAGGAACACAUUUUUAUUUUACAAAGGUACCAUCUAGCUAAAAUUGUAUAUACAUGGAUAUAUGAAGAUUUUUCUUGUUUGGCUGAAGUAUGUGCUUAUAUAUGCAUUUAGUCUUUAAGGUAAACAUUCAGAUAACAUUCUGUAUAUUGAUUGAAGCAUAAAGGGCAGGUGGUGAGGACCUGGAUUUUUAUUAAACAUUUUAGUAAUUAUAAAAGUUUCUUGUGUUUACUAGUAAAGAAUUUAAAAACCUAUUAUUUUAUUUGGACAAAUUUUUUAAAAGUAACUUUGUAAUUUGAGGGGAAGUUUUGGGGGGUUGAGGGAGGUGGGCAACUAAUAAGUACAUAUUUACCUCUCUUGCAUUGGGUGGCCUAGAAGGGCCAUUGAUAAUAUAGACUUGGGCUCCAGUUUGCACAUUGGAAAGAAACAUAGAAAUUUGACUUGUAUAUUAAAAAUAAUAGAACUUUAAUAUGUAUUUAAGAAUGCAUAGCUCUGUAUUUCUCUAAGGGGCUCUAAAGAACAAUAUGGCACUGCCAUCUGUGUGAAUCAGCUGCCUGGGAGACCUGUAGGAACAUUCACCUUCACUUUUGUGUUCUAAUAAUUAAUUCAACUUUUCAUGGUUUUUCUUAACAAAAUUCACGUUUAAUAAGUUACUGGUAUGUUGAUUUUUUUUGUCUUCCAUUGUUGUCUUUCCUUCGUUUGCCUUUAUGUGUUUCCAGAACUAACAGAUAAACACUUUAAAGUACUUUACAAAGGAGAAAACUGUGAGCUAUUAUAGUGUUUAUUUUUUAAAAAAAAAAAAAUAUAUCU